ACGAGAAUUCACAUACUUCUAAUACAUUGACCACUGUAAUCGAUGCAUUUUCAUAUACUGAUUUCGAAAAAAUCUCUUGUCAAGGUGAUACAUUAACCCUUGCAAGAAAUAGGUUAGAAAGGAAGACUCGAUCUCCUAUGCGAUUGCGUAACACAAAUAUUGAAGUUAACCAAGAUAUUACAAAUACUGAUGAAG